CUCAGUCAUUUCCGGUGUGUGACAUUUGUAAACAAACAAACAGUCAAACAGUACUGAGCCGCCGCUGAAGUAUUGUAAUCCCGGAAAAACUGUGUCCGGUUCUGUGUAUCAGCAUGCUGUAAAACAAUUUAUCUCUAAAAUCUGUUCUGUAGUCACAUCUUGCUCCAGGUCUCUCGAACAUGAAAGGUACAGUGGAGAAUAUGACACAUGAAGCACCACAAGCUCACAUCAAAGAUGAUGUAUUCUUCUGUCAGCACUGGUACUCCCAUCAUUCAAGAGUAUGAAGAUUUAUUUCAUUCUAUACAAGGACAAUUGAAACAGUGUCAGAACAAUCAAGAUGCGCUGAGAUCUAGGAUGGAAUCUGUUUUAUCUGAAAAUGAGUCAUUGUCUGACCAAUUGAAAACUGAGAUAUCUAAAAACAGUGCAAAUGAAAGUCAAGUGAAGUCACUUAACAAUAAUAUUAAACAGCAACUAGAUGCAGCUAUUCAGGAAAAAAAUUCAGCCGUUGAAAUGUGGCAAACAUCUCUUCAGCUAAUUUCUGCUUUAGAAAAUGAAUUGAAGGACUAUCGAGAUAACUCUCACUUGACCACAGCUGUGGAAAAAGUGAAUGAGGUUCGUUCUGAAUAUUCUCGUGCCAUUACCUUACUUGAGGACAAAGUAUCUACUGCAUCUAUUCGGUUAGCUAAAGAUAAGGCUGCCCGUGAAAUGGCUGAGGAAAAUUUGACUAAAAUGGAAAAUAACUAUAAAUUGCUAUCAGAGCGCUAUGAGAAAAGAUGUAAAGAUGUUGACGAAGCUCUUAUAAGCAGAGAAAUUGCUCUAAAGAAAGUAGAGGAGCUGGAGAAGGGACAUUUAGAGGCUAUGUCUGAAUUAAAAGAAGCCAAAUUAAAUUGCACAGAACUCGAAGCUGCUCUUGAACGCAGUCUAGCUCGAUUGGAAGAAGUUCUUUCAAGAGAAGUUGAGGCUCGCGAGAAAGUUGAUGAAGCUCUUCAAAUAGUAGAUGUAGCUUUAAUAGAAAGAGAUAAUGCUUUAAAACAGGCAACUCAAGCAUCAGAAGAGGCUCAGCAACUGAGAGCAACAAUAGCUGAGUUGAUAUCAGAAGCUAGAACGGAAGUGCAAGCUGAGGCAGAGCAGAUCAAAGAACAAUACAAUAGCAGAAUCAAAACAGUGUUACUAGAUAUGAGACGUCUUCAAACUGAAAACAAAACUAAAAAUUCUCAGGUACAGAAGUUGAAAAGCGAUUUAACUUCACUUGAAGCUGAGUUAACUAGAACAAAACGUGAAUUAGAUAAUGCACUAAAAGAUCGACCCUCUUUAUCUGCUCUUGAUCGUAAAUUGGAGGGACUCUUUAGAACUCAAGAACUUGCUGGUGGAGAAUCAAUACGUGCUGAUCUUGAGAUAGAGCAGUUGAGAGCUGAAAUUAUAAAAUUAACUCAAAAUAGUGAGUUGGAGCAGCGUCAAUAUCUUUUAGAGCGUCAUGUUUUAGAGGAACAAGUAAAUGCCCUACAAAUAGAACUUGAGAAUUCUUCUAAACUUAUCUCCGACUAUGCUGCUAAGAAUGAUGCCUUCAAUGAUGCACUUCUCCAAAAGGAUCAAGAUAUCAAUGCACUUAAAAUAGCACUUUCAUCCAACACAUCUUCUAAGAUGUGUUAUUGUGAAAUGCAUUCCAAACCAACGCAGCCACCAUGGAUGAUAGACAAUGGAAAGAUGUAUCAUGAGCUUCAGCGGCAGCUUGACAGUCAAAGAGAACUGGCCAAUAAAUGGAAAGCUGAAGCAAAUUUAAUCACAUCACGUUUCCAAACAAGACUUCGAGAGCUUCAUUCUGAAGCUUCCACCUUAAGAAGAGAAAACAGAGAUAUUCACAAUCAGUUGCAUGCUGCCAGGUAUCAGCUACAAAGUUAUCAACAAAUUACUGGAAGAUAAUUUAUAAGAAAUAAGAAGUGCUCAAAAUGUUAUUUUGUGCAGAUUCUAGUCAUACUUUUUAAAAUUUAACUUGCACACAUGCAUUCUGUCCUGUCGUCCUAAGUAUUAGUUAGUUAUUGUACUAAUACCUUUUUUGGGUUCCAACCAACCAUAUGUGAUAUGAAGAUCAACCUAGAUUUUGUACGGAUUAUUCUAGCUAUAUGAUAGCUGAAAUUUGAAAUUUUAUCUGUUAAUUUGUGAUGAUUUUAUUUUUGAGCAACUAAAUGAUGAAUACAAAGCUGUUGUAAUUUCCAAA